GAGAGAGGGAGUGGAGAGAUAGGAGUUUAAAAAAUGAGAAGAGUAUUUUUGGAUUUAAUACAAAAUUAAUUUAUUUUAACAAUUGUAAUACACUUAUAUUUGGGUAUCAAAGUUUGCCCUAAUAAUGUAUGUAUACAUAAUCAAAUUUCUCAUAUAUUUUCAUACAAAUUUUCAGAAUUUUUGAGGCAUUUAUUUAAUUAAAAAUGAAAUUUUAAUCAAAAAUAAAAAUCAUUUUUUUUUAAAUCAAAUCUUUUAAAUACUUAAAAAUGAUACCUUUAAAAAAAAUACUUAAAAAUGAUAAAAUUUGUUAUUAAUUAAAUUAAAAAUUAUUACCUAAAUCAGAGAAAAGAUAGGAAGAGAGAGAGAUUGAGAUUGAGAGUAAUCUGUGAUUGAGAGGGAGAGAGAGAGAGAUUGAGAAAUUGAAACAGAUCUGAGAUUGAGAGAGAAGUGUUGAAGAAGAUGAAGAGUAAAAAGUAGGCGACGAGUUGGAGGACUUGAAGAGAUCGGCGGAGCAACAGAGCACCGACGACGACGGAGGACGAGAGAGAAGGGUAUAUUGUUUUUGAUCAUAAAAGUUGUGGAAACAAUGAUUUCUAGAUAUCUGAACGAGUUGUACCAAAAUAAUGUGAAAUCAAGUGGAGAAGAUGUGAUGAGUGCAAUGAUGCCUUUGAUGAAACUUCUCACUCUUACUCUUAUGGGACUUGUUAUUGCACAUCCCAAAAUACAAAUCAUCCCUAAAUCUACUUUUAAGCUUUUGAGCAAACUUGUUUUUGCUCUUUUCUUGCCAUGCCUAAUUUUUACUGAGCUUGGUGAAUCCAUGACACUUGAAAACUUGGUUCAUUGGUGGUUCAUUCCAGCUAAUGUGUUGAUCAGUACAGUUGUUGGUUGUUUCCUUGGGUACUUGGUGGUGAUUAUAUGUCGCCCGCCUCCGCAGUUGAAUAGGUUUACCAUCAUCAUGACUGCAUUUGGGAAUACUGGCAAUCUUCCUCUUGCGAUUGUUGGGUCUGUAUGUCAUACUUCAGAUAACCCUUUUGGACCUCACUGUAAUUCAAGAGGGGUUGCCUAUGUUUCCUUUGCUCAGUGGGUUUGUGUAAUUCUUGUUUACACCCUUGUUUAUCACAUGAUGGAGCCUCCAUUAGAGUAUUAUGAGAUAGUUGAAGAGGAAAGGAUGGAAAUUGAGGAAGAGUUGCCAGUUACUAAUAUCAGUAGGCCUCUCCUUGUUGAAGCUGAAUGGCCAGGUAUUGAGGAUAAGGAAACAGAGCAUUCCAAGACACCUUUCAUUGCUAGGAUUUUCAAAAGCAUCUCGAAUGUUUCACAAUCUACUCUACCUGAUACUGAAUUCUAUGAACAAAGUGGUGAAAGCAGUCCAAAAUCUAUUAGGUGUUUGGCUGAACCAAGAGUUGUGAGGAGGAUGAGAGUUGUUGUGGAACAAACUCCUAUAAAGCACAUACUUCAGCCCCCAACAAUUGCUUCUCUGUUGGCUAUCAUUAUCGGAUUGAUACCUCAAUUCAAAGGUUUUUUCUUUGGCUACGAUCCUCCACUAGGUUUCGUUACAGAUAGUUUAGAGAUUUUAGCUGCAGCAAUGGUGCCUUCUGUGAUGCUUAUUCUUGGGGGUAUGCUUGCAGAAGGCCCAAGUGAAUCUACCCUUGGCCUUCGAACAACUAUUGGUAUAAGUGUAGCGAGGCUCCUCUUGCUCCCUAUAUUCGGGAUUGGAAUAGUGGCAAUGGCUGAUAAGCUCAAUUUUUUGGUGGUUGGCGAUCGAAUGUACAGAUUUGUCCUCUUGAUGCAGUAUACAACACCAAGUGCCAUUUUACUGGGAGCAAUUGCUAGCCUGAGGGGAUACGCGGUUAGGGAGGCUUCGGCUCUCAUCUUCUGGCAGCAUCUGUUUGCACUAUUCUCCCUUUCUCUGUAUAUUAUUAUCUACUUUAAGCUACUUACAUAUAUGCUGUAAAGAACAACUGAUGGAACCUUUUACAUUGGAUGAUGUUAGUGAUUUGUUAUUGUUCCAUUCCAAAGAGUCAAUUGUACUGAUUUUCACAAUUGUAAAAUUAAGAAAUUCUGAGGUAUUUUGUUUGGAAAAA